AGAGCUGCUUUGUUGUACAAUAGAAGUGAACAUGAAAAGUCACGUAUCAGCCAGAUCCAAGUUUUCAACAACUUCUGAUCAUUAUAUAUAGUGACGUCAUAAAGCUUUGCUUCAGAUAUCAUGUUUCCUCUGUACGACGGCAAUAAAAGCCUUGGUACAUACUGUAAUCCUCAGAGGAGAAUACAGGCUAAUGUUCAUCACCACACAGCUUCUCAUACUGUUGGUUCACUGGAAGGAAUUGUCGAUUCUCUGUCGUCUACUGUGGAAGAAUUAACAGAUCUGGCUAAACAGAGAAUUACUACAUUAGAAGGCUCUAUUUGUUCUAAACACAACGUGUUUCACACCAUAACGCCCAUCUCGAUCAACGCAACACAAAUUAGAGAAAAACCUCUCUACCGGUAG